AUGGAUUGGCGAUGGCUUACGCCGCUUUUAAUAACGUUAUGCUCAGUUUUAGCUAUUGUAAGUUUUAGUUUUAUAUUGAAUAUGGUAUAGUUUUAAAGGUUAUUUUGUGUUGUUACUUUGCUGUAAAUUUGGUUUUUGGAUUUUCAUUUUGAAAAAAGUUAUUAAGGUUUAAGUUGUGAAAGGUCAAGAUUUUGCCAUGGAUAAUAUAAUUUUGAAGGCUCAUAACUUAUGUAUACCUUUAUAAAUAACUAUAAUAAUUUGAUACAAUAUUACUAUGUAUAUGCUAAAUCUAAAUGCCAAUUUUUACCAUUACAGGAUGACAUACACACUGGCAGUGACCACAUUCCUGCCAAAAUCCACCUAACCGGCAUUCGGCGGAUAUCCAGGCCGCUGAUGCACGGUGCGCCAACUGCCGUGCGUCCACACACUCAUCAGCUACCUCUCGAACACACGAGUAGCGAGUAUGCAAAUAAACAACAAGAAUAUCGACCGGUCACACGACAUCAAACUUCAGGGUUAAAGGUAACGGCUCCAACUGCUGCUGUACCUCCAAAUUUGGCUUCGUUUCCAGUGUCGCGGGACGACGAUGAUGCUGUUGAAGACGUAACAACAACUACGGAGAGCGUAGAUGAACAUGAGGUAGGUUUGGCAGUUCUGGGUUUGUUGGUUUUGAUGUGACAGCCGGUUGAAGGGGCUGAAAGUUGAUCUUCAGCCGAUUUUUCGCUAUUUUUUGGUAAAAUCUUGCUAUUUUUGCUUUGUAUCUUCUGUGUAAUGCUUUAUAUGUCAUGUUUAUUUACACCAAUGUAAAGCUGAAUGUUUUUACGUUAUGCUAAUGAUAAUAGUCCAGUCCACUCACUAACAUUUUGCCAUUAUUUUUGCGUUUUGUUCAGCUUCGUCGCAUCGAAACCAGCCGCUUGAGAUGGCUGCCACCACGCCAAAACUAUAGGCGUAUGCUUCAGAAGCCCUCGUCCUUGUAUCGUCCACAAUCGUAUCGGCCGCGUCAGACCGUCAACGACAAUCCGCUGAGUCGUGAGGUUGAACGACAACGUCGCAUUCAGGUAAGAUAUAUUGUUUUGGUAAUAGUGACGUAUAUAUGUUUAUAAUUUGAUAUUACUGUAAUGUAAAAGCGUAUAUAUUGCUAAAUGUGUUUGUUUAUGUGGUAUACGUUACGUUUCUUCAUACGAAUAAGAGUUUUUAUGGAAAAGGUUUAAAAACAGAGCCGAAAAAUGGAAUGCCAAAUUUGGCGGGAAAUUUAAAAUUCAAAUUUUCUUCCAAAAAGUCGAAGUUCCAGGCCCGAUGGAGAAAGAUCGGCCCACUAGUAGGCCCAACUGGCUCCAGAUUCCAAAGAAUGAGACUGAUACAACAGAAGAAUUGGCGUCAUCCAUCAACCGAAGCUCCACCAACUACGGUCAUUACGACAAGAAUCACUCAGAUACCAUCGACUUCUAGAAGACCGUCUAAAGUGCCACCAAUCAAGUAUGUUACGCCAACUACACCGCGAACUUACACCGAUCAUCCUGUGGUUAGUCCAGCAGAAAUGGCUAUGAAAGCGACUGAACAAACUUUCCCUGUUGAGGAGUCUGUUGCUACCAACAAUAUUAGACGGUAGGGGGUUUCAAAGUCAAAAAAUAUUAGCUAAAUUAAUGUUGGUACGGUAGAAAAGAAUCUCUAUAAUAUGAUUUUAUAAAAUUUUUCAAAAUUUUAUUUUUCAAAAUUUUUAAAUUUCAAAUUUAAGGCAACAAACCCCAGUUCACUCGGUAGCUCCCUUUGAUGAACCAACCAAGAUUCAGAAGCCUGCACGUGCGUUCGGUGAACGAAUUGCGACACCGUAUCGACGUGGUGGGGCUAGAAGAGUACAAGGACCAGUAUUAGCUCCAUUACCUGAAGAUUCAACUCCAUUAAAACCGAUUCCAGCAAGAAGAGAGCUCCAACCGGCUGCUGAUGAGGGCCCACGGAUUGUUGAAGGUAGGCGGGGUUUUUUAGUCAGUAACGUUUUUAGUAUUUACAGUAUGAAAAUUUUAUUUACUACGCUGUAAAAGAGAAUAAUAGACUUUAAUUUGGUAAUGGAAUUAAAGUUACAGCAAGUAAAUCAAAAAAGUUAUGGCAUUUUGAACUCAAAUUACUACUUUUUCAGUAUUUUUCUAUAUUAAGCUGCAAAAAAUGAAAGAUUACUAUAGUUUAAACUACAGUAAUACAAACAUAUUUUUGACUAUAUUGUAGCCUAGUAUCUUAGCUUCAUUUUAAACCCAAUAAAAACCCAUACACUGCAAUAUUCACCUAAAUAUAUUAAUUUAAUCACCACCCACAUACAAUAUUACACUAGACAAUUUUUCAAACUUCCACGAUUUUUAUGCCAUUUUAUAACAAUUCGCUUAAAAAGCCGAAAAUUCCACAAAACAUCAACAAUAUAACCGUAUAAUACACCCACAAGCACCAUCUUUAGAUUUCACACCUUCUGCACUGCCUGUAGCCGAGACCAACAAUGGUGAUUAUCACCACCGUCAGUUGGGUAUGAAAGCCGAAAAACGUUUCAAAUUGGUACCAAAUCGACUUUCCUAUCGACCACGCCUCACCAUUCGGCGUCCUGGUAAAUAACGCGUGGUUUCUGAAAGUUUUCGUUGUGGGACCCAAAAAAUUUUGGAGUUUUUCAUUUUUUUUUGGUCUUGCAACGAAAACUUUGAAGCUUAUUUUUUUGGUUUUACUAACACUUGCAUCACUAUUCUAACUACACUACUUUUAUAUAUAUAUUUUUUCAAUUAAAGAACAUUUUAGUUUUGAUUUUUCUAUUUCAAAAUUUCUUGUUGUGCCAUUCUUUUAUCGACCAAAAUUUUAUUUCAUACCUAAAAUUUCAGGAGAGAAGCCUCAAGCUCAUGCUGAAGCUCAACGUGGUCUAAACACCCCAAUCUCUCUGCCCGGACUAACCUCAUUGGAAGAGCGUCGACCAUUACCUCAGUCUAACCUUCCUCAGCCGGCUUCUAGCCACUCGAUACCUCGAACUCGAGCUGGUAAACGACCGGUCGUUACUGGUUGGGAUACCGAGAGUGAGAGCUCUGACUUUGGUGCUGGAUUAGGACAGUCCACCGGAAGUGGUUUGGGAUCAGCCGGGUCAUCUGAAGGUCGUGGAGGAAGUCGAGGCCCAUCGUCCGCCGGCUUCGAGGAUUCUGGAGCCGGUUUUGGAGCCAGCAGAAGUCGUGGACCAUCAUCUGCUGGCUUUGACGAUUCAGUGGGCUCAUUGUCAUCUGGUUUUGGCGCUAGAAGUGGUCGAGGUCCAUUGUCAGCUGGCCUAGAAACAGAAGACCAAUUUGCUUCACCCAAGUCAUCAGCUUCAGAAACCUCAGAUUCUGGCUUCGUACGAUCCAAAGGUCCAGCAUCCGAUCCCGAAGCCCCAGGUUUUGAUCCAUCAGCUAUCGAAUCAUUAGGCGGUGGUGGCGGAUCAAGGCCGGAUGAAUCUGGAGCAGCGUUCGGAAGCUUUGGAACUCCACCACCGGGCUUCAACGAGGCCUUCGGACUGAAUGGAGAGCUAGCGAAUGGUGAGAAUGUUGAAGUCGAACCACCAACUGAACCACCCACGACGCGCCGGCCGCGCCCCACCACAACAGAAGGUCCAUUGGUGAUUCCGGAGAACUCUGGUCUUCGACCGGUCGCUCCGCCAAAAGAGUUGAGUGGCGGAUUCGGAAGCAGUAAUGGAAGAUCACCAUUUGGCGGAGGCAGUGGUGGCUUUGGUGGAGGCGGUGGUGGAUUCGGGGGAGGCGGUGGUGGAUUUGGAGGUGGAGCUGGAGGAUUCGGCGGAGGCGCUGGUGGACUUGGCGGUGGAGGAUCAUCAAGACCCAAGCCUACCCCAGCACCUCAAGAAGGUCCUAGCGGUAAGAUUUUUGAAGGUUUUGGGGUUAAAAAUGGUUUAGAAAUGAUUGGUGGAUAUUUUUUUUGGGCGGGGUAUAUUUUUUUGGGGAUGGAGUUUAAAUCUUUUUUAUUUUUGAAAAUUUGUAUUAUAAAUAAGUAUUUUUUUGAAUUUUAAAAACACAAAAAAACUAUCUUUGGUGGGCGGGGUAAUUUUUUUGGGGUGGAUUUUCAAAUUUAAAAAAAAAUUUUUUUUGGUUCACCUUUAAAAAUUUUCAGAAACAGACAUCUUCACCGGAGACUCAGCUUUAGUACCAAACAAGCGUGGUCCAACUGGCGAUGGUUAUGGUCCACCAGUCUUCCCAGGACAAGCCAUUCCACCGCCCGUACCAGCCGUCAGCGUGGGCGGAGAAGCGGCCGGUAUACCACCAUUUGGCGAAGAAGACAUUGGAGCUCAGCAUGUGAUGGAAGUGACUCAAAACACCCCCACCACAGUGAAACCAUCAGCUUUAUUGAGUAUAUUGAACAAGGCUGACGAGGGCUUUAACCAAGUCAUUAGUCAUGUCGAGGCUGGAACACCGGUCGAAGCUGCUUUGGUGGAUAUUAUGGAAGUGGCGUUGGGAAGUCAGAAGUUGGACAGUCAAGCCAAAUUGCUAAGUCAUGUUGACCGGACUAUUGGGUUGGACAAUCUGCAAAGGCUACAGAGAUGGAUGAAUACUGGAGGCGCGUUCGACAUGGUUAAGGAGCAGGUAGGACAAUAUUUUGAUAAAAUUUAAAAAAAAGAAUUGAUAUCUAAAGUAAGGAAAGUUAAUUUAUGAUUAAUUUCGUUUUUAAAAUGGCGUUUUAGUUUUAUUUUUACUUGUUUUGACAAUAAUACAAUAAAAAAACUAAAAGUGUUGGGUCUCACCACGAAAAUCUGAAACUUUUUGUUAUGUGUAAAAGACGAUGUGAUAAGGAUUUAAGAUUGAAAAUUUGAAGAAAAUAGUAAAAAGUUUUCAUUUUUAACUGUAUUAAAAUAAAAAAAAACUAAAAAUUUUUGGUCAUACCACGAAAAGUUGAAACUCUUGAUUUUGGUAAAAUACGAGCUUUUGAGUAGUUAUCUGUUAUAGUUCAAGCAAUUUAAUAAAAAAUAUUCUGUUUUAACAAUGUUAUAAUAAAAAAUAAGUUUUUUUGGGUCUCACCACGAAAACAUGCUAUUGUGUAAGUUGAGUCAAAUCCGACAACGGAGAAAAGUGUGUUUGCUAAAGAUUGAAAAUAUCUUUUAAAAAUACUGUUUUAUACAUUGAAAAACUUAAAAAAAGCACGAAAACUUGAAAUUUCUUUAUUUGAGUAAAAUACGUAUUUGUUUAAAUUUAAUCAGUUACAUAAAAAAUAUUUAAUUUAACAACAUUAUAAUGAAAAAUUCGAUUUUUUGUGUCUCACUACAAAAACCUGAAAUUUUUUAAUUUUUGUAACAUUUAUUUUGGGUCUCACCACGAAAAAUUAAAUUUUUUGGGUCCUACCACGAAAGCUUGAAAUUUCCUAAUUUUAUAAACACUCAUUUUGGGUCUCAACACGAAAACAUGAAAGUUUUUGUAAGUUAGUAAGAAAAAAGAUGAAACUUUUGACAAAACAUUAAUAAUGAACAUUUCCAGUUCGCCAAAAUCCUCCAGAACUACAAACCACCCCCAGAACGACAGAUCACCAUUCCACCCCAAUUCGAGUACCUGUUACAGCCGGAACGAGGAUAA